AUGUUAGGUUGGGACGAUGGUGACGAGCACGAGCACGUCACAUAUGAAACUGCGCGAAUGACACUUGCGUACAACGACGCACUCUGCAUCUGCCAAGGGCUGAUAACGCCAUCAGGCGCGGAAAAAUUAAUUUCAGGUUUGCGAUAUCUCUACAAUGCCGCGAUUGAAAGCCGACUUGAGGAUAUAAAACCGAUAGCGCGACGAACAGAAUCGCGCAGCAGCAUGAAACGAAGCGGCGCGUGCAAAACAUCAUCAGUAUAA